AUGUCCGAAUCCUUCGCCAUCCUCCGCCAACGCCGCUCCGACGAACUAGCCAAGCUCGCCGACGAGCACCUCCAACACGACCUCCAAUCCGCCGACCGCGACAAGCUCAAUGCAGCUGCAUCUUCAAUUUCCUUGUGGACAACAGUUGGCUCUGCGGUGGGUGUUAGUCUCGGUCUUCUAGCCGCCAUUCGAUUGCGCAGCACGCGCAAGGCGUUCUUCUCUGCUAUUCGUGCACAGGAGAAGCCUACGAAGGUUAUUUUUGAAGAUGGGAGGACUGAGUCUAUUCCGGAUCUCACGCCACUGUUGAAACCUACUACUCUGGGCGAUGUGGCGACGUAUUUCUUUGCUACGGCUGGUGGGUUGUUUUUGGGUGGAGAGCUCGGGUUUGCGGGUGGUGUGGCGAAAGGAACGAGUAGUAUCAACUCGGAUCCGGAGAGCAAGAAGAGAAUUGAAACUGCUUUUAGGAAAUUCCGGGCUGAUGUGCUGCGGAAACAGGCUGAUGCUUUGGACAAGGGGCAGCAUGAUUAUAGCCUGAUUUGA